GUAACAGAGAAACCAACCAGAUCAAGAUGAUUUUCAAACUCCGAAAAGCUUUGUGGCGUUUGUCAUUUCUGUACUGUAAGCGCCCUAACUCACUCUUGCUUCAGUGCUGCCUGCCCGAUAUCAAAUCUCUGCUCGUGUCUUUUAUACUAACGUCCAAUUAACUUGUCGACGUUCAACCUUUACGAAAGAAAAUGUCUGACGACGAGUACGGCGGCGGCGGUGCGGGCGACGACUAUGGUUACGAUGCUGGAGGAUUCGACGAAGGCUUAGAUGAGAACUAUGACCUGCUAGCGUCCGAGAUCCCAGGGGAAGAAGCUGCAGUUGAAGGCGGCGAAGUUCAGAUCAACGGCUACGAGGGCUUGAACGGUGCCGAACCAGAACAAGAUCAAGAAAUGGCCAACGGGGAAACUCUACAAGCGCAGGCAGAAGAACAACCGAGUGCGGCAGGUGGAGCAGGACUGACGGGAGAAAGGGAAGCGAAUAAAGUUCGGAUUACGACACCAUAUUUGACCAAGUAUGAACGGGCGAGAGUGUUGGGGACGCGGGCGUUACAGAUUAGUAUGAACGCGCCGGUGCUUGUACCAUUAGACGGCGAGACGGACGCAUUACAAAUCGCCAUAAAAGAGCUCUCGCAGCGCAAAAUCCCACUCAUCAUCCGAAGAUACCUUCCUGAUGGAAGUUUCGAGGAUUGGAGUGUAUCAGAGCUCAUCACGGAUUAGGCUAGGACUUACCUUGCACUUUCUAUCCCAGGUUCCGUGUCUAUUCUCCUCAUGUAUCGGUAUCACUUAUCAUGUGUGGUUUUCUUAGAGGUUGCUUUCGAAUACAUCUUUGUUUCAAACCA